AUGCAGCGCGUCAGGACGCCUCUGCAACUCCUGUUCACCUCCUCUGCUCUUCAUCAUCACCGCCAUCAUCAUCAUCAUCAUCAGGGGUCGCGCUCAGUGGGGAUUAUCGGGGCGCCUUUCUCCAAAGGACAGCCCCAGGACGGCGUGCAGCUCGGACCCGACGCCAUCCGCGCCGAGGGACUCGUGAGCAAGCUUGAGGCGCAAGGUUGUGCUGUGAGGGAUUAUGGGAACUUGUCAUUUGAAGAUGUGCUGGCUGACGCACCAGUGGGUCGGGUAAAACACACCCGGGCGGUGGGCAGCGCCAACCGGAGGCUGUCGGAGGCGGUCCGGGCAGCAAAGCGGGAUGGGCACACUGCGGUCGUGCUUGGCGGGGAUCACAGCCUGGCCAUGGGUUCCGUCCACGGGCACGCGGCCGCGGUCGGGGAGCUUAGCCUGGUUUGGGUGGACGCCCACGCUGACAUAAAUACACCGCUUAGCACCCCCACCGGGAACAUGCACGGGCAGCCUGUGUCGCUCAUACUGCACGAGCUGCGCGCAAAGAUCCCCGUCCUGCCAAACUUCUCUUGGAUGUCGUCGUGCGUGUCGGCCAAACAUCUGGUCUACAUCGGCCUGAGGGACUUGGAUCCUGAAGAGCAUUUCAUCCUAAAGCUAGCAGGCGUGAAAGCAUUUUCCAUGACAGAGGUGGACGCGUUAGGUGUUGGCCGAGUGAUGGAGGAGACAUGCGAUUACCUGUGUAAGUGUGGGACCGAGAGACCGAUUCACCUGAGCUAUGACGUGGACGCUUUGGACCCGAAUGUGACGCCGGCGACUGGAACGCCCGUCAUGGGCGGGCUCACCUAUAGGGAGGGCGUGUACAUCGCGGAGCACCUCGGCAACACCGGGCUGCUGUCGGCAGUGGACGUGGUAGAGGUGAACCCUUUGCGGGUCGGGACGGAGAAGGAAGUCCGUUCAACGGCAAGGGUGGCGGUGGAUAUUCUGCUCGGCUGCUUUGGUCGCAUGCGGGGCGGGAACCACCCGCCUGAUUUCUGCCUGCCUGACGCAUGA